GUGUUAACUAGUGAUAACCUUGUAUGUUUGUAUGGCUAAAAUGUGAUAUACAAACUUAUUUCAACGUGGUUAGAAAUAGGCUAUAUUAUGUUUUAAUUUGAAUCCAUUCCAGGGUCAACCACACAUACACACACAGGGCAGGGCACGUCAUUGUUGAUAAAUGAUUCUGAAAACCCAUUUGUUAUUGUUGCAGCAUCCUCUAUGCUGAUUUACGUGGCUACUUGCGCUUUUGAACAUCGCUUCGGAGGCUGCUAGCCCAUCUGCAGUAGCAGCUAUAUGUAUGUAGAGGAGCGAUGAUGAUGCAGGACCUAUGAAAUGACUAGGCUACUGUCUUUAAAUCAAGAAUGGUGUUAACCUUUUGAUCACCAAAUAGAUAGGAUGCUGGAUCUUAUUCGGUUUGAUAUCAGUGCAAUGCUUGAUGAUCUGUUUGUGUAGGCUACAUCAGGAGCGUUUGUAGAAUAUACAGUCUCUAUAGCCUAUAUUUGACAGGCAGGUGCUUGUUUGCUGCGAUGGUUCGGAUGAUGGAGUCUCAGUGCGAGUAUUUCAUGUAUUUCCCCGCGGUGCCAAUCUCCGACCUUUCGGACCCGGCCCGUUACAGAACCUUACCCCGGCGCAGUCACCUCUACCUCGGCGAGACGGUCCGCUUCCUCCUGGUGCUUCGGUGCAGGGACGCGUCCAGCGGAGAGACACCGACAGGGCCGGGGAUUGGGAUAGUGGGAGGCGGGGAAGGUGUUGCUGGGUUCGGCUCGGAGACCCCAAGUGUCCGGGCAUGGAGGGAGCUGGCCGGUUCUUUGUGCGCCGUGGCCAGCGUCAGCCCCGGAGAGAGCAGGCACCGGUCGCAUCAUCUCCACCACGAUUACCAGAGCAGCGGGGACGAGGGCACGGAGGAGGCCGAGGAUGAGUAUGGGGCUCCGGCUUUGACAGGCAGGGUAGAUGCGAGAUGCCGGGGCUUCAGGGACUGCAGGCCGCUUCUCAUCCACAACAGCACGGGGAGUGGGGUUCGGGAGUUCCGCAGGGCGCCGUUGCAGUCUCCAUUGGACGAGCCUGUUGUGCUGACUGAUGAAGUCAUCUUCCCCCUGACUGUGUCAUUAGACAAACUUCCCGUCGACACCCUCAAAGUCAAGGUGAUGGUGACAGUGUGGAAGAGAGAGGCAGAGAAAGCAGAGGUUCAGGAACAUGGCUACCUUAGCAUCCUACAGCAGCGAAUCCCCACACACACCUUCAGACAGGACCUUAACACCUUCAAAGCACAGGUGAGCACCACUCUGACAGUGCUACCACCCCCUACUGUUCGCUGUAAGCAGAUGACUGUCUCUGGGAAGCAUCUCACUGUGCUCAAAGUAUUAAAUGAGUGUUCUCAGGAGGAGGUGACUGUGAGGGACAUCAGGAUUCUGCCAAACUUCAAUGCCUCCUACCUGCCCAUGAUGCCAGAUGGAUCUGUGAUGCUUGUCGACAACGUGUGCCACCAGUCAGGAGAGGUUGCCAUGGAGUCGUUCUGCAGGAUGGAGAGUGUAGCCUGUCGACUACCCAGCAUGCUCAGCGCCCUGGAGGAAUACGACUUCCUGUUCCAGCUGCAGCUCAGCGACAUGCCCCAGGACGACUCCAAAGAGGGUCUUGAAGUUCCUCUAGUAGCAGUGCUUCAGUGGUCAACUCCCAAGAUGCCCUUCACCAACUGCAUCUACACACACUACAGACUGCCCAGUAUCCGGUUGGACCGUCCCAGGUUCGUGAUGACUGCCAGUAGCCCCAGCACCGUGCAGACCAAGGACCACUUUAGGGUCAGAUACACUCUGCUCAACAACCUGCAAGACUUCCUGGCUGUACGUCUGGUCUGGACACCCGAGGGUCGUGGGCAGAGUGAGGAUGCAGCGUUGGGGGCUGUAGUGUGUCACUCCCCCCUCAGUAACCUAGGCCACUGUCGGAAAGGCUGCACUCUCUCCUUCACUGUCGCCUUCCAGAUACUCAAGGCAGGACUGUACGAGCUGAGUCAACAUAUGAAGCUGAAGCUGCAGUUCACAGCAUCUGUCUCCAACCCACCCCCCGACGCCCGCCCUCUCUCCCGUAAGAACAGUCCAUCCAGCCCUGCUGUAAGAGACCUACUGGAUAGACACCAGGCCAGUCUGGGACGAUCACAGAGUUUCUCUCAUCAACAACCGUCACGCUCUCACAUCAUGAGGACUGGCAGUGCGAUGGAAAGGCGAGCCAUCACCCCCCCGGUGGGCUCUCCUGUAGGUCGGCCCCUCUACCUGCCCCCCCAGGAGAAAGCUGUGCUGUCAUUGGACAAGAUCGCUAAGAGGGAGUGCAAAGUCCUGGUGCUGGACCACAUCAGCUAGGAGAGGGAGGGAGGGAGAUGAGAGGUGAAGAGGGAAGGGAAGAUACAAGAUGUGGGGUGACGGAGGACGGGGGGGGGGAUAGGAUAGGGUAGAGAGCGAGAGAAUAAGAGAUAGAUAAGAUGAAUGGAGGGAGAAGAAUGUUGACAAUGAUAGAUGAGCGAAAGAUGCAGAUAGAGAGAAAUGAGUGUGAAGAUGAGGGCCUAAGAUCUAAACUGAGGAUGAGGCAGAAGCCACAGUAUUAUCUAAAUGUAACUGAUUUGAUCUCUAACACUCAUGCUGCUACUGAUGUGUGAACUAUAGAAGUAGUUUAUUCUAUUUCUAUGGUCAGAACAACAAACCUGUUGGAGUGUGAAGAGAACCCAUGUGAAACCAUGUGGCCUUCUGUGAGGUCACAGUGGUCGGUUUGAUGUCCCUACCCUAACCAUAACCCCCACCCUUACCGUAAACAUAACCCUUACCUAACUCUAAUCUUAACUCUCGCCAUAACUGUUAAAAUUAAACUUCAAUGGGGUGACGUCAGAAUUGUGAUGUCCUAAGGAUCCCGUUUAGACUUUUCCCUUGAUUAAUUUCUUAUUUAGAUAGAACUAUCCCUUUUAAGGAGAAAUACUACUGUACAGUUCUCAAAUACUGUAUGUUAUACUUUGCUAAAUGCUGCCAGUUAUGCAAGAUAUACAGAACAUUAUUGCACUGUACAAACUUCACUGUCCAUGAUGCCUUUUACAGUGUUCAGCUCUAUUUAUUAUUCUGAUCUCUUACUCGCUCCCCCCCUUUCUUGGCUCAGUGUCAGUAUAGUAAUCUCAGCAAUGCCAUACUUUUAACUGCUGCUUGUGAAAGCAUGUUUUGAUUGUUUUUAAAGACUUGUUAAUAUUGACAGUUUAAAAUGCUCAGGCACUUUAAUUGAAGUCGCUUUACAGUGAAUCAGUGCUGCUCCCUGUUGUUGAAACUCUGUGGGAUGCAUCUCAAUAGUCUUAGGGGGUGUGCACUCAUCACCUUUCCUCCAUCUAAGUACACUGACAUUAAGAAACUGGAAAGGUGGAAGCUAAGUCCUAGUCCGCCUCUCGCGCAGCAAAGAUGGAGGAGAAAAAGACAGGAUAAUAGGAGAGGAGGCCAUUAUAGACUAUUGAGAUGCAGCUGGUAUUCUUUUCUGCUAUUGUUGAUUCCUGGUUUACAUUAGGAGAGGAGAGAACUACCUGAUCUCUGUAUUGCUGCAUCUCAUCAAGAUCAUUAAAUCCCAUCAGCAGCACUACACUGUGUCAUUUUAAACUGAGGUGAGUAUGUAGUGCCUUCAAACUCAACUCUGGACCGGGAAGCCAGUUCCAUUGCCUUUUUUCAUCGUUCCCCUCUAAUCAGAGACUGAUUUUGACCUGGAACACCAGGUGUGUGCAAUUAAUUAUCAGGUAGAACAGAAAAACAACAGGCUCUGGACCUCGUAAGGUAAGAGUUGAAUACCCCUGGUGUAGUGUAUAGGCCAGGGGUGUCAAACUCACACCUAAUGUCUACUGGUUUUUGUUUUUAUCUUUCAAUUAAGCCCUAGACAACCAGCGGAGGGGAGUUCCUUACUAAUUAGUGACCUUAAUUCAUCAAUCAAGUAUAAGUGAGGCCGAAAACCCGCGGACACUCGGCCCUCAGUGGAAUGAGUUUGACACGUGGUCAGGCUAUACAAUAGUGCAGGGGUACUGAACUCUUACCCUACGAGGUCCAGAGCCUGCUGGUUUUCUGUUCUACCUAAUUGCACACACCUGGUGUCCCAGUUGUAAAUCAGUCCCUGAUUUAAAGGGUAACAAUUAAAAAACUGGCUUCGAGGUCAAUAGUGUAAUGAGAACUGGAGUGCAGUCUUAAUGACUAUGUAAAAAGACAACAACACCAUCAAAGCAGUUACCUUUCAGUGUUUAAAAAGAUUUUUGGAAUCAUGAUUAUUAUAAACUGAACAAACAUUGUGGUUGAUAGAGUAAAAUCAUUAUGCUAGUGUGUGCAUGUGGCUGGAAGUGUGUGUCUGUCGGUCUGGAAGUGUGUGUGUCUGUCUACGUGAGUGUGUAAUCACAGCAGCUCAGAUGGCCACACUGUUCUCGAUGUGGUCGGGGGACAUGUAGUCGUAGGGCAGCUCCACCUUCUUGUUCCUGUCUGUGAUCUCAUCAGAAAUGGCCCUGAGCUCGGCCUGCACCUUCUCCAUCAGCCUGCGAGGAGCGCCACUGCUGAACACAGGCUCACGAUACUGACACAGAGGCACCUAGGAGAGGAAAGAAGAGAUGGAGGUAAUAGACAAGAUUUUAGUGGAUAAGAGACAAGAUGUGUGGAUUGUACAUAGUCGGCAUCGGGCUGGGACAUCAGUCAUCAGAAACUGUGUGUCUUACGUAGUCUGCUGUGGGCUGGGAUAGUAGGGACCUGUUGUCUAUUGUCCAUUUGCACAACAGCAUGUGAAAUUUAUUGUCAAUCAGUGUUACUUCCUAAGUGAAGUGGACAGUUUGAUUUCACAGAAGUGUGAUUGACUUGGAGUUACAUUGUGUUGUUUAAGUGUUCCCUUUAUUUUUUUGAGCAGUGUAUAUUAGCUGCCUGUAUGAAACAAAUCAUAUUAGUAAGCAAUGUUUUACAAUUGGUUUAAACAGAAUUGUAGUAGUAGUAUAUAUAAACAGUAGUAGUAGUAGUAUUAUUAUAAAUAAACAGUUAACCAAUAAA